CGGGGCUCGGCGCCCGCUCGCUCCUGCAGGACUGCUCGCCCCGAGCGCCGCCGGCCGGGCUCAGCACGGCGGACUCGGCACAGCCGCGCUCGGGUGACGGCGCGCUCAGACGCUCGGCUGCGGACGAGCUGCAGCUGGCUUUGCUAAGCCCCGCGUGCAGCGCUGCUUAAUGCACCUGGCAGCCGCGCGCGCCACCAUCGCGAGAGAAACGGCCACGGCUCACGCGUCCGGCCUGCCGCGCCGCCAAUGGGCAGGCGGCGAGCACGGGCGUCACCCAAUCAGCUCCCCGCGCAGCCAAUCGGCGCCCUCACGAGGGCCGACCGCCUCUUCCUCUCCACCCCGAGCCUUCCUCUGCGGCUCACACAAUCUUGACUAUGUAAAAAUCUCGACCCGUCCCGUCACCGGGCGGCGCUCUCCGCCAAUGACGUCGCGAAGCGGCCGUGCCGCCGCUCCCUGAUUGGCUGCUCCGGGGGGCGGGCCCGGCGGAGCGGCAGGCUGCGUUUCGGUGGCGGAGGUGCGGCGCGUCGAGGAUGGGGCCGUGAGGCGGGGACGAGCAGGCCUUCUGCUCUGGAUUUGGUUCUUUGCAAUAUGAAAACUGAAUCGUUUCACAAAGCGUGGACCUUCCAGUAGAAUUUUUCAAGAUCAGUACAUGUAUAUCAACAGCUUUAUUUUUUUUUCCUUGAAAUCUUCUGUGCAGCUUCUGAAGUUUCAAUCACAAUGAGUUCAGGGUUAUGGAGUCAAGAAAAAGGAAGUUCAUCCUAUUGGGAAGAGCGCAUCUUUUACUUGCUUCUCCAAGAAUGCAGUGUCAUAGACAAGCAGACUCAGAAGCUAUUGAAGGUGCCCAAGGGUAGCAUCGGGCAGUUUUUUCAAGACCGUUCUUCCAUGGGACACUCCAGAAAUAUUCCUUGUAAAGGCAAGAAACUACAGAUUGGAUUAAAGAUUCUGGAACAACCUCAUGCAAUUCUUUUUGUGGAUGAGAAGGAUGUUAUCGAAAUCAAUGAAAAGCUAGCUGAACUGCUUUUGGCAAUUACUAACUGUGAGGAAAGGUACAGCUUGUUUAAAAGCAAAAGCAGGUUAACUAAAGGCAUCCAAAUAGAUAUUGGCUCACCUGUUAGAGUACAGCUUAGGUCGGGAGAAGAGAAGUUUCCUGGAGUUGUUCGUUUCAGAGGACCCUUGUUGCAGGAAAGGUCCCUAACAGGGAUAUAUUUUGGUGUAGAACUGCUGGAAGAAGGCCGUGGCCAGGGCUUUACUGAUGGACAGUACCAAGGCAAGCAGCUUUUCAGAUGUGAUGAGGAUUGUGGGGUUUUUGUUGCUUUGGACAAACUGGAGCUGAUGGAAGAAGAUGACAAUGAAAUGGAAAGUGACUAUGCAGCUCCAGUUGACGCAAUGCAGGUAGAACUUCCUCCUCUGGAGAUCAACUCCAGGGUUUCUCUGAAGAUAGGAGAGAGUAUAGAGUAUGGGACAGUUAUAUUCUGUGAUGUCUUACCAGGAAACGAAAGUUUAGGAUACGUUGUUGGAGUGGACAUGGAUAAUCCUAUUGGAAACUGGGAUGGCAGAUACAAUGGCAUACAGCUGUGCAGUUUUGCAAGUGUUGAAAGUACCCUUCUUUUGCAUAUCAAUGAUGUUAUACCAGAGACUGUGUCACAAGACAGGAGACCUCCCAAGCUUGCCUAUACUGCAAGAGGUGGUGGUGAUAAAAGUGUGUUCAACCAUAGUAAGCCAAAGGCAACAGGAUCUACCUCUGAGCCUGGAAAUAGAAACAGAUCUGAAGUCUUCUACACAUUAAAUGGAUCAUCAGUUGAUUCUCAGCCUCAAGCAAAAACAAAACCCCCAUGGUAUAUUGAUGAAGUUGCUGAAGACCCUGCAAAAUCACUUACUGAUUCAUCUCCUGGAUUUGGGCAUUCUUCACCGCCACUGCAGCCACCUUUAACAAACUCUGUGACUACAGAAAACAGAUUCCACUCUCUCCCUUUCAGUUUGACAAAAGCAUCAACUACUAACGGUGCUAUUGGACACAGUCCUCUGUCUUUAUCUGUUCAGUCAGUCAUUGGUGAUGUAAACACUACAGCUAACCAGGAAAGUCCAUCAACAGGAGGCCCUGUUGGUAACUCACAUGGUCUUGAAGCAGGUUCCUUGGCUGAAGUCAAAGAAAAUCCCCCAUUCUAUGGAGUGAUUCGCUGGAUUGGUCAGCCCCCUGGGGUAAAUGAAGUAUUAGCUGGACUGGAGCUGGAAGACGAAUGUGCAGGUUGUACAGAUGGAACAUUUAAAGGAACUCGAUACUUCACUUGUGCUCCAAAGAAAGCUCUUUUUGUUAAACUGAAAAGCUGCAGACCAGAUUCCAGGUUUGCAUCACUACAGCCGGUUUCCAAUCAGAUUGAACGCUGCAACUCUCUAGCCUUUGGAGGUUACUUAAGUGAAGUGGUAGAAGAAAACACUCCUCCAAAAAUGGAAAAAGAAGGUUUAGAGACAAUGAUUGGAAAGAAGAAAGGUAUCCAGGGUCAUUACAACUCCUGUUACUUAGACUCCACCUUAUUCUGCUUGUUUUCUUUUAGCUCCGUUUUGGACACUGUGUUACUCAGGCCUAAAGAAAAGAAUGAUGUAGAGUAUUAUAGUGAGACUCAAGAGUUAUUGCGAACAGAGAUUGUGAAUCCUCUUAGAAUAUAUGGAUAUGUAUGUGCUACAAAAAUAAUGAAACUGAGGAAAAUACUUGAAAAAGUUGAGGCUGCAUCAGGAUUCACUUCAGAGGAAAAAGAUCCAGAAGAAUUUUUGAAUAUUUUAUUUCAUCAUAUUCUAAGAGUUGAACCACUGUUGAAAAUAAGAUCAGCAGGUCAGAAAGUACAAGAUUGUUAUUUCUACCAAAUUUUUAUGGACAAAAAUGAGAAAGUUGGAGUCCCAACAAUUCAGCAGUUACUGGAGUGGUCGUUCAUCAACAGCAACUUGAAGUUUGCAGAGGCUCCUUCUUGCCUGAUUAUUCAGAUGCCUCGAUUUGGAAAAGACUUCAAAAUGUUCAACAAAAUUUUUCCAUCCUUGGAGCUAAAUAUAACAGAUUUACUUGAAGACACUCCCAGGCAGUGCCGUAUUUGCGGAGGGCUGGCUAUGUAUGAGUGCAGAGAAUGUUAUGAAGAUACUGAGAUUUCUGCUGGGAAAAUCAAGCAGUUCUGCAAAACCUGCAAUACACAAGUUCAUCUUCAUCCCAGGAGACAGAGUCAUAAAUUCAAUCCAUUGUCACUCCCUAAAGAUCUGCCAGACUGGGAUUGGCGACACGGUUGUAUCCCAUACCAGAAGAUGGAGUUGUUUGCUGUCCUCUGCAUAGAAACAAGCCACUAUGUAGCUUUUGUUAAGUACGGGAGAGAUGACUCCGCCUGGCUUUUCUUUGACAGCAUGGCAGAUCGGGAUGGAGGUCAGAAUGGCUUUAACAUUCCACAAGUCACCCCAUGCCCAGAAGUUGGCGAAUACCUGAAGAUGUCUGUAGAAGAACUGCACUCGCUGGAUUCCAGGAAAAUUCAAGGUUGUGCACGAAGACUGCUUUGUGAUGCUUACAUGUGCAUGUAUCAAAGUCCAACAAUGAGUUUAUACAAAUGAACAGUGCUCUCUGGAAAACUGAAGAAACGAUAGAGAGAUUUCUACUGUUGCGUUCUCUGCAUUUUUUUGUUAGUUUUGAUGCAACCGUUGCUGGCGAUGGAUGCGAUGACAAGGAAGAAGUUGACUCUGAGAACAAAAGGAUCACUGUUCCAGAAACUACAUGUGGAGUUCUGAUGUGGAAGUAUUUAAGCAUUUUGCACUCUAGGAAGUGUGCUUGUGUGUGUUUGUUUUAUAAACAAAGUCUAAAUGAAGUUACUAAAACUUAAAGCUUUAAGUAAGUGCAUUCAUUAUAUAUGGACAUUAAAAAUAAAAAGAAAAAAGUGGAGUUAUUCUCAGGAGAAACCUCCUUAGUCCAUUGAGAAUGUAAAGAUGUGGUGUUAUUGCUCGGGUGAGUUUCUGUGGACCAAGGAUGAUAAUUCUUGUUUCUCUCCCCCUCAGCGCUGCCUUUUUAGCACCAUUAAUUCUUCAAGAGAAUAACUUCAGUUUUAAUAAGAUAAAUGUUAAAUUGUUCAUUGCAUUGUAAUUCUGUCCUGGUAGCUGUCUGCUAUCAUACAUUUGCAUCUUCAAAAAUUCAUGUCCAUUGUUUAAACAUCUCAGUUCCUGUCCUAUGGAAGUCAAGCACACUGAUUUGCUGUUUGGGAAGUCGGGAUUGUUGGAGAGAAGGAGAGAGCAGUAAGGGGAAGGAUAACUGCUUAAAAUUAGCAGUGCGAGGUUCUGUAUCUAACUGAUUUGUAAAGAAAGCAGACUGGAACAGAUCAUCAACUAUAUACAGAUGAUUGGAGGACAAAAUAAAAUAAGGAUUGCCUCAGGGAA